CAGAGUGAAUAAUAAAGGUCUCCUCGGCGGCGGCGGCGGCGGAAGGCGGGAGGCAUGUCCAAGGGCCCGGUGGCGGGUGGCCCCGCCGCGGCCGGGCCGGCGAGCGCCGCCAGCGCGCUGCAAGCGCAGCCCGAGAAGCCGCAGCACUACACGUACCUGAAGGAGUUCCGCACGGAGCAGUGCCCUCUCUUCGUGCAGCACAAGUGCACUCAGCACCGGCCCUACACCUGCUUCCACUGGCACUUUGUCAACCAGCGCCGGCGCAGGUCCAUCCGCCGCCGCGACGGGACCUUCAACUACAGCCCUGACAUUUACUGCACCAAGUAUGACGAGACCACGGGAAUCUGCCCAGAAGGAGAUGAGUGUCCCUUCUUGCAUAGAACUACUGGAGACACAGAGAGGAGGUAUCACUUGCGCUACUACAAAACUGGAAUCUGCAUCCAUGAGACAGACUCCAAGGGAAACUGCACCAAGAACGGAGUCCACUGCGCCUUUGCUCAUGGGCCCCACGACCUGCGCUCGCCCGUGUAUGACAUCAGAGAGCUUCAGGCGAUGGAGGCUUUACAGAAUGGUCAGACAACAUCUGAAGGAGGCAUUGAGGGUCAGUCUGCAGUCGCUGCCAGCCAUGCCAUGAUAGAGAAAAUACUCAGUGAGGAGCCCAGGUGGCAAGAUACAACGUAUGUGUUGGGAAAUUACAAGACAGAGCAGUGUAAGAAACCCCCCCGGCUCUGUCGCCAGGGUUAUGCCUGUCCCUACUACCACAAUAGCAAAGACAGAAGAAGAAGUCCAAGAAAACACAAAUACAGAUCUUCGCCGUGUCCCAGUGUGAAGCACGGGGACGAGUGGGGAGAUCCCAGUAAGUGUGAAAAUGGAGACUCCUGCCAGUACUGCCACACUCGCACAGAACAGCAGUUCCAUCCAGAGAUCUACAAAUCCACCAAAUGCAAUGAUAUGCAGCAGUCUGGCAGCUGUCCCCGAGGACCCUUCUGUGCCUUUGCACACGUAGAACAGCCCGCGCUCAGUGAAGAUUUACAGCAAUCCUCGGCCGUGUCCAGCCCCACCCAGACAGCACCAGUGAUGUACAUGCCCUCAGCAGCUGGGGACUCUGUUCCAGUCAGCCCUUCCAGCCCACAUGCCCCAGACCUUAGCAAUGUGUGGAAUAAAUCAGGAACUCUGCCAACUAGCCCCACCUCCACCACAAUUCUUUGUAGGAACAGCAGUCUUGGAAGCCCAUCUAAUAUAUGUGGGUCUCCUCCCGGUGCCAUUGGGAAGCCCCACAGCUUGGAGACCAUUGGUUUUCCUCCAGACUCAGUCACAGCAGCUGGCAGCUACAAGAAAGCACCGGGGUUUGAGCGAGAAGAUCAGGUGGGGGCCGAGUAUUUGAAGAGUUUCAAAUGCCAGCAAGCAAAAAUGAAGUCCCACUCCCUGGAACACAGGAGCCAGGAGCAACCUUUGUUACAGCCCAAACAGGACAUUCUGGGCAUUCUCCCUGUGGGGAGCCCACUGACAUCCAGCAUCUCCUCUAGUAUCACCUCCAGUCUGGCUGCAACCCCCCCGAGCCCCGCCGGCACCAGCAGCAUUCCAGGCAUGAAUGCCAAUGCCCUUCCCUUCUACCCAACCAGUGACACCGUUGAGUCUGUCAUAGAGUCUGCCUUGGAUGACCUGGACCUGAAUGAAUUCGGAGUGGCUGCCCUGGAGAAGACAUUUGACAGCAGCACAGUGCCCCACACGAGUGGCAUCAUGAUAGGUGGGAGUUUGCUGCAAAGUUCUGCUCCUGUAAAUAUCCCCGGGUCCCUUGGAAGCUCUGCCUCCUUUCACUCCGCCUCUCCUUCUCCACCGGUCAGCCUCUCAUCGCAUUUCCUCCAUCAGCCCCAGGGACACUUAAGCCAGUCAGAAAACACGUUCCUGGGGACAUCAGCUUCUCAUGGAUCAUUAGGUUUAAAUGGGAUGAACAGCAGCAUAUGGGAACACUUUGCUUCGGGGAGUUUUUCGCCCAGUACCUCACCUGCAUUUCUGUCAGGUCCAGGUGCUGCAGAGCUGGCACGGCUACGACAAGAACUGGAUGAAGCCAACGGCACAAUAAAGCAGUGGGAAGAGUCUUGGAAACAAGCCAAGCAGGCUUGUGAUGCUUGGAAAAAGGAGGCAGAGGAAGCAAAUGAUCGCGCCAACACAGCUAACAUGGAAUGUGAACUGGCCCGGGAGCAGAGGGAGGCCUUGGAGCUGCAAGUGAAGAAACUGCAGGAGGAGCUGGAGAGGAUCCACACCGGCCAGGACCCGCAGUUCCUGCGCUCCUUCUCUGACCUGGAGACGCUCUCGCUCUCGUCGCUCUACACCCUGCAGAAACAGCUGCGGGCAAACCUGGAGAAAGUGGACAAGGCGGUAUUUCAGAUGCAGUCAGUGAAAUGCCUUAAGUGUCAGGAGGAGAACCGGGUGGUGUUACCGUGCCAACACGCGGUGCUGUGCGAGACGUGCGCCGAGGAGGGCGAGUGCCCCAUCUGCCACCCCAACAGGCCCCACUCUCUGCAGUCGUGACCUUGCGAGGACACUCGUUCUGAUCAUAUCCUAUAGAACUUUUUAACUUUAUACAUACGUACAUAUAUAUGUAUGUGUAUAUAUAUAUAUGUAUAUAUGUGUGUGGAUGGGCGUGGCUGUGCACGUGUAGGGACGUGCACACACACGCACAUGCACACAUGAAAACAGAAAAUUAGUUGCAGAGCACUUUUUAAUAUUUUACAUCCCGUAUCUAAACUGCCCCUCACCCGUGCCCCACUAAUUCUAACUCUUGAUGAACUUUGAGAGCUGUUUUUAAUACAGAUCAAAGGGCCAUUUGCAAAGAGUCUGUGUUUCUCCUCUUUUCUAUUUAGGUGAUAACAAAUUUUUGACUAUUUCCAGAAGGACUUAGAGUGGGCAAGAGGGGCUUCCACGUGCUUUCCAGAGGAAGAGUUGAGAUCACGGGGAGGAUCGAGGUGGAUUGAAAUGACUUGCUCAUGCCUUCGGUCCCCCUGCUCUUUCACUGACCCAGCUUGGUUAAAGCCGUCCCCCCUGAUGGGAGCUCUGCCAGGCUCCUGCCUGGAGGGCCUCACACUGCCCAUCUCUGAAUGUGCAGGAACUUUGUCUGUCAUUUAAUCAGCAAAGUUCACUUUUUAAAUUUUUUUACACUCUUUGUAUAUUUGUAUGAAAAGAAGAAAAGAGGGAAAAAAAAAAUUUAUAUUGGACCUAGAGCAAGCCAAGCCCCAAAAUUCAGUGACCAAUGUUCACUGCUGAUGCAGCCAACAUGUUCCAGGUCUGAGCAGCCUUAGAAGUAUUGCCCUUGGGUGAGCCAAGCCCUUUAUGAAGGAAAUUUGGAUGCAGAGGUUAGUUCUCUCCAGGCACCCCUUUGUUUGGUGUCUGUCUAGAGAUGUUUUACUGUUUCAGACGAGAUUAGUUUUGUUUUAGCCACAGGGACCUGAUUCGUAGUCACUGCUGAAGUGCAUGAAACAAUUCCAGGUAGGCUGAGGACAUUUUUGUUGCCUGUGUCAGCAGCUCAAGGAUGGUUUGUGGAUUGCUGGCUCCAGAAACCCUCAUGCUGGAGAUGUGUGGUGACAGAAAUAGUCCAGCAGGACAGAGAAAUGCCACCAGCUCAGACCUGUCCAGCAGCUGAGCUUUCCUGUGACUUUCCUUACCAGCGUGUCCAUUGGAUUUUUACAUCAGGUGGAUUGCAGUAACCUGCUGGGAUCUCAACCAAAAGGCCACUCGGUUGACUAAACAUUUUUAUUUUGCACAGGGAUGCUCCUGUGCUGCCCCUCCGUGACCUGGAAAAGCACUGGAACUUCCAGCAGCCCACUAUUGUAGGAAAACUGAAUUUUUACCAGAGCCUCUCAGAAAGCUUCAUAUUUAAUACAAACACAUAAUUAGGUUUGCUUCCAUAAUUCCACCUUUCCUCUCCAUGGAAGGGGUUAAUAUGCAUUCCCAGAUGAUCUCUUAAGUGCAGCUCUGUGUAGUUCUUUUUUAUGUUUUCCCAUUAACUUGUUUUUGGGUUUUUUGGUAAAAAUGCUUUUUUUCCAUGUGUAUUUUAUUGUAACUAGCAUCAGGUUUUUUAAUUUUUUUUAAUGGAGAGACACUGUUGAGUGACUAUUGUGGCUAUGUUGUUUGGUUAUAGCCUUUGAAUGUCUGUGCCAUGGGGCAGCACAUCUGCCUUGGUCUGAUCUUAAGGAAAGACCUUUUAUUAAAAUACAUGAACAUUUCUCUUUUUUUUUUUAGGAAAAAUAAAAAAAAAAAAAAUUGGGGGGGGAGGAGGAGGAAAAAGCCCAAUUAAGAUUAAAAAAAUUUACUAAAAUGUUUUUUUGUAACUAACUUAAAUCAUAGGAAAUAAACUCUUAAAUCAGGUCUUUAAUAUUUAUAAGCAGCAGAGCUGAUCAGCCCGUUUUUGGCUAUGGUUUGUAACACUUUUUAUGAGCGUGGGGGUUUCUCUGCUCCUCUGCCUCCCCGGGGGCUGCUCAGGGGUGAUGCUGCCUUUUGCCAACCCUCUUUUUCCAGAUCUGUCCGGCACCGGCUCCGUGAUUCCAACAGGGAAUCCCUCCACAUGGAACUUGUCCCCUGAGGGCAGCCUGGGCUGUCUCCAUGGGACUUCAGUCACGGGUUGAUGCAGGACUUGGGGGGGUUAAGGGGAAAGAGUUGUUUGCCCCCAAUUUCCAUGGGGUACAAGGAAAAAUUCCAGGCCAGAGAAAAUGUGUUUUCCCCUUUUGAGUAAAACAGUUUCUCUGUUUUAAAACUUAUACUGAAGGACCAAAGAAUUCAGAAUUUCACCUGUUUGUGGCCCUUACAUUUUAACUUUCCAUUGCCACACUGCACUCAUGGCAGAGCAGCCUGAAGGAAUUAGCACUAGACCCAUCCCUUGCCCCCACCCAACCUCUCUCAGCACUCUCUUUGCACAAGCACAUAGACUUUCUCACUUUCCUCUGGUUCUUGAAGAAACACUUCCUAAAUUUAGGUUUCUAUCAAUUUGUUUGCUGCUUUUAAAAAAAGGAGAGGAAUAUUGAAAUGUGAAUUUAUUUUCUUAAGCAUCAGAUGGAAAAGAGAACUUCAUCUUUGCAUAUUUCGUGAAUGUUCUGGGGGGCCACUUAAAGACAAUUUCCAAACCAAAUGAGGUAGGAGCAGGGGGAAGGAGCAGCAUUCCUGACCCACUCCAGCAGUUGUUGCUGCCUGCUCCAGGCAGGAAGGACAAACCAUAAUCACAGCACUGCAGUUAAGGCUUAAGAGUCUGUGAUCAGCUUUUGCGUGGUGUAAAAAGAGCUGAAAUAAACCUGGUGCUAAUAAGUGCAGCCCCUGUCACGUACUGUCAGGCUUCCUUCUGAAGCAGGAGCUCCCUUUACAGGACACACAGUAACACGGCAGAGCUGAGGGGGCUUCAAAACAAAAGUGGGGUCCACGAGGUUCCUUGGGGAGCAGCCCAGCUGAACAGCCCUGACCACGUCUGGGUCCUGCCUCCUCACACAGACUCCUUAGUGGAUAAUGACAUUUUCCUCCCCAGAUUUUUGGGAGCUUCAGAAGCGCUGGCCUCAGUGACGAAUUGGGCAGGUCAGACCCUUCGGAGCUGAGAGCUGGGGGAAGGGAGUUGUGGUUGUGUUGUGAAACCACAGCAUCCUAAAGGUCAAUAAACUUCUACAUUAUUACGGAAAACCAACCUAGAAGCAGAUGGCUUGGGACAGCACUACCCGGGGUAGAUGCAGAGCAACAAGCAGGGCCAGAGCUGUAGGUGAGAGCCAGGAGCUGAAGGAUUUUAGCAUUUUGGGCUAACAGGACCACUUUGAGCUCCUCUCCAGCUUUAGGUGCCGUAGCCAUGUGCUCGCUGUGGCACAGGAGGGACCCGGGAAAGGGCCGGAGCUGGAGCACAUUUCCUUAAGCAGAUCCCACCCCUGGGGGUCACUGCAGCCGAUCCCCUGCCGAAGGGUUUUACACUUUGUACAUCUCUGAAGCUGAACCUGAGCCACUUGCAAGGCUUGUGCAGCUGAGACAAUGAAGAGAAUUCCUUACCCUGGGAAGGAAGCCCGUAACACUGAAUGGACUCAGUCAUCCCUUGCUGUUCCACCAGCCUCCGAACCUCCUCUCUUCCUCCUUUUCCCCUAUCUGAGAAGGAAGAAUAUUACCAGUGUUUUCCUCCAGAAUUAUUAUAAUCCUUGGAGUGAUGGCCAACAGCAAAAUAGAUGUUACUGAUGUAAAACCUAGUAUUUUAAAGGUGAAGUAUUCCUGCAAAGUAGUGACUGCAUCGGAGAGAUUUCUGGGGCUUCCCCACUCCGUAGCUUCCAAUGUUAAAACAAAAUAAAUACAGUAUACGUUUUAAAAAAAUAAUAAUAAUACACACUGCAGUAUUUCUGGUGGCAAUUCUUGCCCAGUCCCUUCCCUGCUUUCCCCAGGAGGAAGGGCACUGGGCAGAGGCGCCCCUAGUCCGUGUAGAAGUUGGCAGAAUGGUGAUCAGUGGUGUAAAACGUGUUGUUGAUUCCAUGUAUAGAACUGUGAUUUCAGCUGUCGUUCUCUCGUACUCUGUAAAUAUGUGUUUUGGCUGUCGGAAACCUGGUUUAGACUCUUUUCUUGGCAGAGUGAAUUUGCAUGUGGGGCUGGAAAGAAAGAACUCAAUCUGUGUCACAGUUUCCAAGGGCAGGAUGGAUUUUUUUUUCUUUUUUUUUUUUUUUUUUUAGACGACAAUAAAUUUUUAUUUUUUUGCUAAGAAAAAAAAAUACAAACUGAAGCGGUGUGUGCGUGUGUGUGUGCGCAUGCGUGCCCGGGUGGAUGUGCAGCCCCAGGCUCUGCUCUGGGGCUUGGGGAGGGUGGAGAAAUCUGGCCUGUGGACCCCUUGAAACAACAGAUCUGUUGCAAAUUUUGCCUUUCACACAACCAAAAAUGAUUUCUCUCUGAGCUCCCCUUCCUUUUUGGGAGGUUGCAAUUCACUUUUCUGAUGGAGGUGUGGUGGAAGAGGGGGAACAUCGAUGCAAUGUGGUUAAGGUUGGGCAGAGACCCCUUUGGAAGUGACAAAUCCAAAACUUUCUCACCCAAAUUCUUGGUCUGGAUGUGGAUUUAUGUUCUGGCAGAGCCAGGCUGGGCAGAGGUGAGCUGUGCCAGCUCAGUGGGUACAAACAGUGUUUGUGUGUUGGCACCCAAAAGAGCACACCUGGCUUGUGGAUCCAGUAAUUACCUGUUAAUUUUGGUCUAAUUAACGCUUCAAAGGUGUAUCAACCACUUCCCAUUAGUCCAAUCACAACAAUAAUCUGAAUGGGCCCAUUUGUAUUGCAGAGUAUUGGUAACACAAUAAAAUCAGUAGGUGUAA